AUGGCAACGAGCAAGCGCCAAAGCGAGAGUGCAGACUAUAAAGCGUCUAAAAGGAUCAAAGUCGACAAAACCCGGUCAAAAGUCAAGGAUGUGCCUAGGGAGGAGUUUGGAGGCCUCGACCAUGCAAAGAACAGCUCCGCGCCUGAUUCAGCAGAGAAAACGCACAAGAGGUUGAUAGGAAAGUCUGGGCCUACGAUACAUGGCUCAGUCAACAAGUCAGAAACAUAUCUAAAUGGCCAAACCUCACGCGAAGCCCAUGCGAAGCAAAAGGCCCUCGCACACGAUCGCAAGGCCGCCAAGCCUAACGCCGACUCCAUCGCCCGGUCGAAGAAGAUCUGGGAGCGCCUGCGCCGCAAAUCCCAUGUUCCCAAGCAAGAACGAGAUGAACUGGUCAAUGAACUGUUCCAGAUCAUAUCAGGGCGAGUCAAGGAUUUCGUAUUCAAACAUGACUCUGUGCGGGUUAUCCAAUGUGCUUUGAAAUAUGCAACCCCGGAACAGAGGAGGCGGAUCACAACGGAGCUGAAGGGUAGUUACCGAGAACUGGCGGAGUCGAAGUAUGCGAAAUUCCUGAUAGCAAAGAUGGUUGUCGGCGAUGACUCAAGUCGGGAUGCCGUGGUUGAGGAGUUCUACGGCCAUGUGAAGAGGUUGAUUCGCCAUCCUGAAGCAAGCUGGAUCGUCGACGAUAUUUACAGGACCAUUGCGACGAAGCAGCAGAAGGCCAUCAUGCUCCGAGAAUGGUACGGGCCCGAGUUCGUCAUAUUCGGCAAGUCAAAGACACAACACACCUCAAAAGAUGAGCAAGCGACUGCUGAACUUUCCGAAAUUCUCGCCGAACACCCUGAAAAGAGAGGUCCCAUCAUGUCCCACCUUCACGAAAUGACGAAUCAGCUUGUUCAAAAGAAGACCACGGGUUUUACCAUUCUUCACGACGCCCUGUUACAGUAUUUCUUGAACUGCAAACCUGGAAGCCCGGAAAUCGCCGAAUUCUUCUCCAUGCUCCGCGAUGACGAGGAAGGAGACAUCUACAAGAACCUCGCCUUUACAAAGUCGGGCUCUCGACUGCUGUGUCUUUGCCUGGCACACGGCAACUCCAAGGAUCGAAGAGGGAUACUGAAGUUUUUCAAGACGCAUAUCAAACUUCUCGCGAACGACCAAUACGGGCAUAAUGUGCUGUUGACGGCGUAUGAGGUUGUGGAUGAUACGGUGAUGACUUCGAAGACAAUCUUCCCGGAGCUUCUGAGCAAGGACCUUGAGUCUGAUGCAAGGGAGCAGGAGUUGCUCGCGCAGGUCGAGCAUCUAACCGCGCGUACUCCACUGCUCUAUCUCAUGUCCCCUGAUGCACCGAAGUGGCUCAUCACGAACGAAACGGCGGCACUGAUUUCGGAGGUUCGUGACAUCCGGAAAGAGACAUCCAAGAAGGAUCCGGAGACACGCCGCAUCGAACUGGUGAAGAAUAUUGCACAGCCUCUUCUCGAUCUUAUUGCAAAUCAGGCGCGAUAUCUGGCACAGUCUACCUUUGGGUGUCAGUUCAUCACGGAGACCGUGUUUGGUUGUGCUGGGGUUAGUGACGUGCAGGCUGCGUUGAGUGCGAUCGCGGAUGUGGCAGCCGAGGCGGUCAAAGAGAAAGAGCAAGAAGAAGAGAAGGGUAAGAUCCUUGAAACGCCUGCGGUAGGUCGCAUGCUCAAGGCUCUCGUGCAAGGUGGCCGGUUCAACAAAGCGACAAAUUCAAUCCAACUGGUUGAUCCGCCUUUGAAAUUCGGCGAACUGUUGUUCCAGAAGAUCCAAUCGGAGGGUGGGCAGGAGGAAAUCGUGGCCUGGGCAAAUGGACCGAACAGUUUUGUUGUUGUUGCCAUGUUGGAGGCUGAGAAUUUUGACAUGAAAGACGAAUUAAUGGAGGUGUUGAGAAAGCAGAAGCAAAAUUUGGACAAGGAGAACAGAGGCGCCGCUCUCAUUUUGGAGAAGAUUGGCAGUGGUGGUGGGGAAGGGAAAGGCAAGCAAGACAAUUGA